AUGUUCAUUAUAAAUCACUUUUGUUUACGACUUCUACUGGUGGGUCUCGCGAUCUCAAACACCGUUGCUGCUUUAAGAAGCGAUGGCAGCGGUCAUCUGGAAUUUUCACUAAAGCAUGAAGAGCAGAUGUACUACGCUACAACUUUAGAUAUAGGUACCCCAUCUCAACAACUGACAGUACUGUUUGAUACUGGGUCUGCAGACUUCUGGGUGAUGGACUCUAGCAAUCCGUUCUGCCUUGCUAAAUCCAAUACAACAUAUUAUCAAAACGCGACUUAUAAUGGCAGCAGGAUCACCCCUUCAGUGGAUUGUUCGUCUUUGAGUACAUACAACGAGAACAGCUCUUCCACCUAUCAAGAUCUUGAUAACGGCAGGUUCUAUAUCAUAUACGCAGACGGGACGUUUGCAGACGGUUCUUGGGGAAAAGAAACCAUGUCAAUUGACGGAAUUAAAAUCCAUGAUAUACAGUUCGGUUUAGCCAAAUAUGCUACGACGCCAGUUAGUGGUGUCCUGGGCAUCGGUUUCCCCAGAAGGGAGUCCGUGAAGGGGUAUGACGGUGCUCCUAAUGAAUACUAUCCUAAUUUCCCACAAAUUCUGAAAAGUGAACAUAUUAUUGACGUGGUCGCAUAUUCACUCUUCCUAAAUUCGCCUGACUCUGAUACUGGUUCUAUUGUGUUUGGUGCCAUUGAUGAAUCAAAGUUUUCUGGCGAUUUGUACACAUUUCCCAUGGUAAACGAAUAUCCAACUAUAGUCGAUGUCCCAGCGACUCUAGCGAUGACCAUACAAGGUUUGGGGGCCCAGAAUAAAAGCAGCUGUGAACAUGAAACAUUCAUGACAACCAAAUACCCAGUUUUAUUAGACUCAGGAACAUCUUUGUUAAACGCUCCAAAGUCCAUUGCAGAUAAGAUGGCUUCCUUUGUAAAUGCAUCAUAUAGUGCAGAUGAAGGCAUAUACAUACUAGAUUGCCCAGACUCCACAGACGGUGUAGAAUACACGUUUGAUUUUGGUGAUCUGCAAAUAAACGUUCCAUUAACUAGUUUGAUUUUGAGUCCUGAGACAGAGGGCGGAUAUUGUGGUUUUGCUGUCCAACCAACCAACGAUUCGAUGGUUUUAGGUGAUGUGUUCUUGUCUUCUGCAUAUGUUGUGUUUGAUCUCGAUAACUAUAAGGUAUCGUUGGCACAGGCGAAUUGGAAUGCUAGUGAUGAUUCAAGAAAAUUGGUGAAUAUUCCUACUGAUGGGUCCAUUCCGGGUGGUAAGAGUGCAACUGCACAACCUUGGUCCACUAAUGAUCCAUUUACAGUCACUUCCGAUAUUUAUGCAUCUGACGUUUGCAAAACUACGCUCUCUUCGCAUCAACAGACAGGCUCCUCAUCUAUUCCACAGACUAGCAUGCAAGCUCUUAAUUCCACAACAAGGGUUGUGGGAGUCAGGUCGACUACUACAUUGAGCAAAACUACUCAAACAGGAGUGACAAACCAAGGCGAAAGUACUAACAUAGAAAGUGCAACGGCGCGUAAUCAAUCAGCGCCUAAUUACGAUGCGAAAAGUUCAGAUAGUGGGCUAAUCAUAGUAACUGAGUCAUCGGGUAGAAAAGGUUUCUCAAGCCCUACGCACUCAAUGCCUCAAACUACAGUUAACCCAACUGCGACGAAAAGUUCUGCACUAAUAUCCAUAUCUGUAGGGAAGAGUAUAAAUCGACCCACUCAUAAGACCAUCAUAACAGAAACCGUUACGAAAUAUUCUACAGUUGUAAUAAAUGUUUGUAAACCAACAUUUUAA